GUUCUGUUUUUAACAGGUCUUUCUCUCGCUGUUCAACGGUUCUCUCAGUCUCUGCAGGAGUUUCAGCUAGAAUGUAUUGGAGACGCGGAGACUGAUGAUGAAAUCAACAUAGCUCAGUCCCUAAAGGAGUUCUCUCAGCUCUUGAGCACCAUGGAAGAGGAAAGAAAACGACUGAUCCAGAAUGCCGAUGACGUGUUGAUCUCACCGCUCGAGAGGUUUCGCAAGGAGCAGAUUGGAGCCGUUAAGGAAGGAAAGAAGCAGUUUGACAAGGAGACAGAAAGGUACUACUCUGUUCUUGAGAAACACCUCAGCUUGUCCUCCAAAAAGAAGGAAUCACAUCUUAACGAGGCGGAUUCACAGAUGAGUAAGGACAGGCAGGUUUUUUAUGAUGCAUCGCUGCAGUACGUCUUCAAGAUCCAAGAAGUGCAGGAGAGAAAGAAGUUUGAAUUUGUGGAGCCGCUAUUAGCCUUCCUGCAGGGAUUGUUUACAUUCUACCAUGAGGGUUACGAGCUGGCCAGUGAGUUUGAACCCUACAAGCAGCAGCUUCAGUUCAACCUGCAGAAUGCUCGCAACAACUUUGAGAGUACGCGUGUUGAAGUUGAGAGGCUGAUGAAGAGGAUACGGUCGGCCGAGGAAGACUUCAAAGCUCCCAGUUGCUUUACCAUGGAGGGAUAUCUGUAUAUACAGGAGAAACGUCCAUUAGGAAGUGUGUGGACCAGAUACUACUGUACUUAUGAAAAAAGCACCAAGAUGUUCACCAUGAGCAACACGGAGACGCGACCAGCCAGCAGACAGAACGGCGUGCCGAACGGCACACCGGAGAUGUUCAAGCUGCGCUCUUGUGUCAGAAGGAAGACCGAUUCAAUUGACAAACGCUUCUGCUUUGACAUCGAGGUGGUGGAGAGACACAGCGUCAUUACCCUGCAAGCACUCUCUGAGGCAAACAGACGGCUCUGGAUGGAGGCAAUGGAUGGAAAAGAACCUAUUUACACUCUGCCUUCUUUACUCAGUAAAAAGGAGGAGACAUUUCUCAACAAGGCCGGCUUCAACUUUGUUAAUAAGUGCAUUGAGCUGGUUGAAACAAGAGGCAUUACUACGCUGGGACUGUACAGGACCGGGGGAGUCAACUCCAAAGUGCAGCGGUUGAUGACGACUGUGUUUGCAUCCACAGCGCCUACUGACAUGCAGCUGGAUCCAGACACCUGGGACAACAAGACCAUCACCAGCGGACUGAAGAACUAUUUCAGGUGUCUGGCAGAACCAGUGCUGACCUACAGACUGCAUAAAGAAUUCAUCAAAGCUGCCAAGCAUGACGACCAGAAGUACAGAGUGAGAGCAAUCCAUGCUCUCGUACACAAACUACCAGAAAAAAACAGAGCUAUGUUGGACAUCCUCACCAACCACCUGCUCAAAGUGUCCCUUCACAAUGACCAGAACAUGAUGACCGUGUCCAACCUGGGAAUGAUCUUCGGCCCCACGUUGAUGAGGUCGCAGGAGGAGACGGUGGCCGCCAUGAUGAACAUUAAGUUUCAAAAUAUUGUGGUGGAGAUUAUCAUUGAAAACCACCACAAGAUAUUUGGUGAAGCCCCAGACCUGUCCGUGCCAAUACCUCAGCCUCCAUCCUCUCGGUCGGCUCCUCGGAGGAACAAGGCCAUCUGUCUGUCGUCUGGAAAGAGGAGGGCCCGUCUCUAUCCUCCGGCUCUGUGCCUGGCCGACAACGACAGUGACACCUUCAGUAGCAGCCCCAGCACCACUCCCAUGGGCAGCCAGGAGUCUCUGUCCUCACACUCCUCUGAGAAGAACGGCCUGUCUCAGACCUCGCCUCCGUCCUCUCCUACUGCCCAACCCGACUCGUCCUCCUCGGCGCAGGUGUCUCCUCAUGCUGCUCCCUCCUGCUCGCCGCCCCACGACUCCUCAAACGGGAAGGAUCGGACAGGCCCGACAGACGGCGCGGCCUCCCCUCGUUUUACGCCUUCCUCUUCCCGGACUUCCUCAGAGCUCACUCCGGCCCAGCAGACUUCCUCCGUGUCCUCCUCCACGUCCUCUUUAGUCUCCACAGAGAGGAGUCUGUCCGCCAAAGGAAACUUGACCGCCUCCUUGUCAUCCCGUAAAAAGAAGUUGAGACCUCCCCUCCGCAGCCUCCCACGUCCGCAGCCUCCAUCCAGGCCCCUUUCAGUGGAGCGCGUCUCCUCCCUGCGGGAGGGCCAACCUCUUCAGCGAGCACCGCCUGCCUCCUCUCCGAAGAGCGCUCAUGCAGUCGAUCAAAGAAAUGCAUCCAGUGCCUCCUCUACUGUCCCCGAAACCAAAGUGACUACCUCCCCUACUCGGCAGGACAGAAAAACCUGCAUGACUGCCUCCUCCUCCUCAUCCUCCUCCUCCUCUUUGUUCCCCUACCGGCUCUCCACGUCUUCCUCUCUGACCUCCCUACACAUUUCCGAGGAUUACAAAAGCUGCCACGGCUCGGUGCAGAGUCUCAUGUCGCUGGACCCACUGGAGGCGACGCACAAACGCAAACCCGCACACACCCGCUGUGGCUCCGAUGUGAUCGGCAAACACUCUGCAGCCGCCUCAUCCAGCAACGGUUACCAGAGACCUGGGUCAUUAUUAUCAGCCAGAGGACCGCAGCGAGAGAGUUCGGUUUUCUCCUCAGCAUUAGAUGUGUGUUCCUCUGGAAGGGAUGCAAAGGCUCUUUACUCCUGUGAAGCAGAGCACAGCCACGAGCUCAGUUUUCCACAGGGGGCGAUGUUCUCAAAUGUGUACCCGUCUGUGGAACCAGGUUGGCUUCAGGCGACGUACAACGGAAGAACGGGCCUCAUACCGGAAAACUACAUCACAUACAUGUGACGGAGCAGAUGACGACAUCACCACGCCACUGAAUAACACAAUAACACAAAGCUCUAUCUCAGACUUUAGGGAUCUACAGUGAAGCUCUGCGCUGCUAGUCAGAGAGAUAAUAUAUUCAUUGUGUAACUGUGACUGCUAUCACUGAACUAAGGCUGGAUAAUAACGAUGCAUGUGCUGUAUGUUAUUGUGACUACGAUAUGCGAACCAUGUUGUUAACCAGUGUGUAAUACAGUUGAUGUUAAAAUCUUGUCUGACUUUUCCUCCAUUUGUACAUGGCGGUGUAACUUAAUCAAUGUUAUUAUCUCCUUUAUGAAUGCUAUACAUACAUGGCAUUUGUCUGUAAGGUACAUGGAGGAAGCAUAUUGCUUAUCAAUCCUGAUAGUGAUAGUGAUAUGUGUUUACUUGGGUAAUAAUCUUAUAGGCUAUGAGACCAGAGAGAGUGUUCACACCACUGUGCCUUAAACAGCAUGAACUGAAAGUCUGAAUCCUGCCUUAACGCCUUCCCUCUACUGUCUGCCAUUCUUCAUGCUGCCUAAAUAAAAGACAAAUACUGUACUUAAUAAAGGGUAGUUGUAGAUUCAGUGUAUGGUUAGCAUUGUUUUUGUGGCUCAUAUUUCUUACUUGAUCACAGUUUCCUCGAAUACAUCCUAGUUUUACCAAUUGCCACUGUGUAAAACAGAUGUAUUUAUAUCAAGGAAAGCUCUCCAUGUUAGUUCUGAAAAGGCACAUGUCUAUUUUUGCUGCAAAUGACAUAUCACUAAAUGUUUUGACAUGUGUGUGAAUGUUAUAUGUCCAAAUGAGAAUGAUGGACUGUAAGUGAGGGAUGUCCCCUAAACGUCUCUGUACUGUGUGUGCAUUAUAACCAUGAAAGCACAAGCCUGCAAUUCACAAAAAAUACAUUUUAAUUGUAUCUACA